AUGAUGUACGAUGAUGAUGACGAUGAUGAUGAUGAUGAUAUACAUGCAACUGGUGGUCAAAUAAUGUUAGAUAAUACAACAGUUGAUACAUCUCAACUUGCUACUUUACCUGGUCAACCAUCUCAAACAAAUGUUACAACAGCUGAUCGAUUUCAAGGUCCUCAUUUGGUUCAUCCAUCAGCUCAACAAAUUGUUGCAACAGCGCAACUGCUUCAACUUUCUCAUACAUGUCCUGUUGAUGGAGCUGAUCGAUGUAAUCUUGGUUUAAUUCCAUCAUCUGAACUAAGUUGGCCUAUUGUAUGUCGAACUCUUCGAUCUGAAGAUAGUCGAGUUCAUCUACAUAAUGUUAUGAAUAACAAAAGAAGAAAUACAUAA